CACUCUUGUUUUUGUAGGAGUACACAGAGAAAGUGCAUUUUACGCAAAAUAAAUACGAUUACACCUUAUAUUUAGCUAUCAAAUGGAUUCUAACUGCUCGACGCACUAAUUAACUUUCUAUUUACCGCUAAAGUUUAUUAACAGUGCACUUGUGUGCAAUGGAACGCACGGCGGCGCUCCGCGGCGCGGCGCCGCGCUGGAGCCUCGCCGGCGACCAGCAGCUCCUGGACCUGCUUCAAGACAUACACCAGAGAAUAAUCUCGAAAUGCAACGAGACAAACAAGAGAUUGGAAGAAAUGUCGCGGGGGCUCCGAGACGCCAGCGUCAAUCUACAGAAUGUCAAUAACAAGUUCCUAGCUCUGAGCAACACGCAGUUCGUGGAAAGCCGAGUUUACGAGGACGACGCCGAUGUGGCACCCCCCGCCGUCGAGAAGGUACCGCCAAAACCUAAAGACCUAGCUUCAGACCUAACGAAGCUGAAAGAGAGCUUACAAAUCCUGGAGACCUACCAUGAGCCCCUCCUCAUCGUGAGGGACAGUGACAGCGAUAGCGAUAGUGAUGAGAACGAUGACAGGUUGGUCCUAAAGCCUAAAGACUUGUACGCGGACAGACCUCUGCCCUACAUCAUAGGCUCACAAGCGUGGAAGAGCAAAUGGCAUGCAGGCCUGGUCCCAGAUGAGAGUGACUCCGACAGCUCAACAUCGAGGGUCCAAGAGGUGGAACAGUAUUCAGAGUCUGAGGAAGAACGGCCCGUGGAACACUACAUGCCAGAUAGGACGAUGUCUACAAGCACGCUGUCUCUACAAUCGGAAGCGCCCGUCUCUGUCUCUCCCGCACGUCCGUCCCCUGCCGCCGUGGCUGCGGACUUAGCUCGACGACUGGGGGGAGAUAUUAAGAUACCGGAAAGAGAGCCGGUGUAUACCCAACCGGAAACUGUCCCCCGGAAGUUGUACAAACCACAGGAGCCGUUAGCCACAACAAUCUUCCCCGACGAGCCACCCCCACUAGACGACCAGUCAAGCGACGACGACAUUUUCGCGGAGCUGCACAAAACUCAACCUAAACCCCAUAGCAAUAGAGUCGACGAUCUCUUCGACUUUAGCAACAAGCCGAGUGGGCUAGAAGAGGCGUUGUUUGGAACGCCAAAGGUACAAACAAGUGAAAACACAGACAAACCUCGGUUCCCCGAAGAUUCGGAACCGGAAAUACCGGAGACACCAAAGACAGUUAUUAUAGAACCAUCUGAAGACACUAUCAAAAAACCAGUUGGUGGCAUAUCCUUGUUCGGCACAAACAAGCACGCUGAAAGCAUAGGGGCGGCCAUCUUGAAACGGAACCGGCGGAAAUCAUCGACAUCCGGUGAUGAAAGUAACACUGAGGAAGUCAAAGAACCUGUUCAAGAAGUCAAAGAAAAGAAAGAGAGAGAUAUAUUCGAUGAUCUAUUUGCUAAAUCUGAGAAAUUAAAUAAAAAGAAUAUCAAUUCUGAAGCGGUUACACCAAAACCAGUGCAAAAAGAAGUGGAUCGUCCAAAAGAAGCCAAAAAGGAUAUAUUUAGUGAUAUAUUUGAUGAUAUAGAUGAUAUAUUCUCUAGUGAUAUUGUGGUACAGGUCAAACCAACUGUUAAGAAUGAUAAGUCAUUGUUCAGUGAUGAUGAUGAUUUAUUUGCUGAAGUGUCAACGGUUAAAAAAGAUAGUGAAAAAGAUAAUGUGGUAAAUGAAAAACCCAUAUUUGGUGCUAAGCCGACUACUUUAUCUGGUGUUACUAAUAUUGAAAAAGGUGAUACUAAAAAGGAAAAUAAGCUUGUCAAGGAAAUAAAACAAACAAAAAGCAUUUUUGAUUCAGACAGUGAUGACGGAUUAUUUACGAAUAUUCCUAAAGAUGUUAAAAGCAAAAUAGAUAAAGAGAGUAAACCAGCUGUAAAUAAACUAAAAGAUAAUUUGCCUGGUGAUGAUGAUGACGGAUUAUUUACCAAAAGUACCAAACCGAAAUUUGCUAAAAAUAUUGGUAAAAUGACUGAAGUUAGUAAAAAGGCCUUGUUUGAUUCCGAUGAUGAGCUGUUCAAAGAUACGAAAAAUGUAAAAGAAUCAAAACCACCGCAAACCCGUCCAAAAACUACUGUUGUUGCAAAUAUGGAUGAUCAGUUAUUUACAGAAGCUACUGAUAAACAAUCAGAUAAACCCGAUAUAAUUAAUUCAGUAAAUGUUGAGCGCAGUGAAGUUAAAAGUACUCAAGAAAUAAAUAUACCUUCAGUGCAGCCAACAGUGACAGAUAGUAUAAACAACGAUAUUGACAAUGAUAUACCUCAGAAAGAAUCAACACGAGAAUCAACGCCAGAAUCUAGCCACGAUGGUUUUGAUGAUGAAGAUAUAAUGGAAUCAACUGUCAAAAAUAAUGAUGAUUCUGCCGAUAUCAAACAAGAUUCUGAAAAUACAGGAAGCGGGGUCCAAAUCAAUGAUGACUUGUUUAGUAAAGCACAGCAGCCACAUUUUAGUGAAAAUAUUUUGAGAACUACAAGAAUAGCAGCGGAUGAGGAAAACAUACCAGAGAAAGUGCCAGAUACUUUUAACGACUAUGAUUAUGAUUUGUUUCGAAGUAAACCGAAAAGCCCUAACACCGAAAAUGCUAAACAAACAUCGACUGAACCACCAACAUCAAGUCCUGACAAAGAUGACAUAUUUUCUGAUAUUUUUGAUGAUGUACCGCCAGUUUUCGAAAAACCGAAGGAACCUAAAAAGUCUAAAAACGUCAACGCGCUCUUUGAUGACGAUUCUGAUGAUGAAGCCCUAUUUUUCAAGAAAAAUGAUGUUAUUACCGACGAAACUCCCGAUUUUAGUCCUGGCGAGGAAAGAUUUGGCAUUUUUAAUGAUGAACCGCCUGCUAUAGAUAUCGAUUUUACUCAAAAAUCAAGUAAAAAGGAAGAAGUAAAAGAACCUCUAAAAACGGAAAAAUUACCUUCAAUGAUAGAUAGAACUGACAGUGUUCCAGCUAAACCGCUUGAGACUGAAAAUUUUAGUAAAUCAGCUGAAGAAAGCGAUAAUGUACAAAGCCGCGACGCUCAAGACACAACAGAUAAUACAUCUCAAGAACCCAAAAAAGUCGGUAAACUUAAACCUAUGAAUAUCAACAUAAAUGUAAACUCGCUCUUACCAGGAGCUUCUCCUAAAAAGAAACAAAUUGAAAAUGUCCAAGUUAAGCAAGAACACACAGCAAGUAAUGAAGAAUUAUAUAAAACUGAUAAAAUCGAACCCAAAAUGGUAAAAUCCAUCAGUUUGGAUGAUCCAGAAAUAUUAGAUAACAAAAUAUCAAAGGAAAGAGCUAAAAUACAAGUAAAAAGACGACCAUCGACUAGAAGGGCUAGGAAAGAAGCUGCCAGGAAAUCUGCCAUCGAUUUUACAGAUUCUAGUUUUGAUAGCUCUAAUGACAAUAGUACUAAGGAUGAAGUCAAAGAAAAAGUUGUUAAAACAGUGUAUAUUUUAAAUGAUGAUGAUAUUUUUGGCUCUACAAAAACUGAUGAUAAAGGUAUAGAACCUACAAAGAAACAUUUGAACAUAGUUGAUUCCGAUGAGGAAUUAUUUAAAAAACCAGAAAAGAAAAGUGUGAAAGAUAAUGUUAGAAUAAACGACAGUAAAUCUGUUGCACAACCUACUGUUGGAAAGAAAUCUUCGUUUGAUUCUAAUGAAAUUGAUGAUAUGUUUAGUAAAUCAAUGAAUACGGAAGAUAUUUCAAAUGAUGAAGUAGAUAAAGUAAAUAAAGUUGCUCUACAUGAAGAGAAAGCAGAAUUUAAUGAUAAUGUAGCUACGGCAGUUGAUGAAAUUAAGAGGGAAAGUGUCAGUAAUAAGUUAAGAAAUAAAUCAUUUUUAGAUUCAGAUGACGAUGAUUUAUUUAGACCGACCAUUAAAAAAUCAUCAGUAAACACAACCAAUGAGACUGAAUCUGAAGAAAAACUGUUUAAAAGUGCUCAAAUAACUCGAACUGAUAUUCAAAAAGUGAAAGAACCUAGUCUGUUUUCGAAUUCAGAUGAAGAUGACGAUUUAUUUACAGCAAAAACUAAAAUAACUAAACCAGAGUUAAAAACUAUCAGCUCAGAUGAAGAUUUGUUUCAAAAUAAAGGUAUUGGCACUUUGGGCAAAGUUUACAAUAAAACGAAAGACAAUGUCAAAGAAAAUAAAGCAGAAGUAAGAGACACACAUAAUAUAUUUGACGAUUUCCCAGCGAAAUCAAUAGACAAAAAUAUUGAAGAAAUACAGGAAAGUAAAGUUGUAAAAGAACCAAUAGUAGAGAGAGUAAAAGAAAACGUAGAAAAAGCAAAAAAAUCAAUACUUGAUGAUUUGAGCGAUGAAGACGAUUUGUUUAAAAGUAAAAGGAAAUUGAUAAGUAAAAAGAAUAAGAGUCUUUUUGGAGAUGACGGUGAUGAUGAUGAUCUUUUUGGGACCAAACCUGUUAAAGAAAUCAAACCGGAUGUACGUGUCGCCCUCCCUGUGAAGGAGCCGAAAGCAGCGGAGCCGGUCUUCGUGGACCCUCUAUCACUGUUCGGCGACGAUGGUUAACCCUUCGACCGCCGAACACGUCAAAAGACGCGACUA